UUCUCUGCUCCCCUGGACCUUUAGGCUUGUCUUGGCCCGUUUGAAGACCAGGAAGUUGAUAAGUCGCGAGGCUCGCUGCUGAGAGACGGUGGCUCGGGUGGGACAGUCGCCAGGGAUGGCGGAGCGUAAGGAUGGAGCGGGUGUCCGGACUGCUCUCCUGGACGCUGAGCAGAGUCCUGUGGCUGUCGGGCCUCUUUGAGCGGGGAGCUGCCCGGCAGCCCCGGAUCAUGGAAGAGAAAGCGCUAGAAGUUUAUGAUUUGAUUCGAACUAUCCGGGACCCAGAGAAACCCAAUACUUUAGAAGAACUGGAAGUGGUAACGGAAAGUUGUGUGGAGGUUCAGGAGAUAAAUGAAGAAGACUAUUUGGUUAUUAUCAGGUUCACGCCAACAGUACCUCAUUGCUCUUUGGCGACUCUUAUUGGGCUGUGCUUAAGAGUUAAACUUCAGCGGUGUUUACCGUUUAAACAUAAGUUGGAAAUCUACAUUUCUGAAGGAACUCACUCAACAGAGGAAGAUAUCAACAAGCAGAUAAAUGACAAAGAGCGAGUGGCAGCUGCGAUGGAGAACCCCAACUUACGGGAAAUCGUGGAACAGUGUGUCCUUGAACCAGACUAAUAGCUGUUUUAAGAGCCACUGAACUGGAAUCAUUUGAUAUAUUUGUUUAAACUCUUUGUAAAAUGUAAAAGACUCAUGUUUAAUACGUAGGUGAUUUGUACCUCAGUGCAUUUUUUUUAAAGGAUGAUUUCCAAGUAAGAUUUAAUUAUAAGGUAGUACCUAGUUUGUUCAGUGUUUAACAUUCUCAGGAUUUGUAACACUUAAAUGAUCAGACAGAAAAAUAUUUUCUAGUAAUUAUGUGUCAGAUGAGUUGCUAUUUUUCUGAUGCCCAUUCUGAUACAACUGCUUUUCAUGUCAAAUAUUUACUGUGCCCAAAUGUAUUCAGUUUAAAUCAUUACUCUGUAAAUAAAUAAAACAGAGAUGAUUCUUGUACA